CUUUUCGUUCGGUGUUCGCAGCGAACAUGUAGCUAGUAAUAAAUUUCAGUAUUUUUUAUUAAGCUUUAUUCAAUCAUAUAUUUGCAUCUUAAUUGUAACUGUUCGUGAUGGAGAUCAAGUCGUUUAAACCUAUCUAUUUCAAAGACAUUUCAAGUUCUUUCUCUGGAGAACAGCCUAAUUUAAAGUUUGGUGAAGUUCCCUUUAAUAUUUUGUACGACUUUCUCACAGAUCUCAGCAAUAGGAACAAACAUCAUUUGAACCACUUAUCCACUUGCAGUGGGAGUUUUAAAGACCGAAGAUUAGUUGAGUGUGUCUUCCUCAUAUGCGAAGAGUUAAAACUUGACUCAUUGGCUGGAUACCAAGCAAUUGAAAUAUUGGAAAGGUUUAUGAUAAAGCACCUUGAUCAUCUGUUUUGCACCUACGGCAGCUCAGAUGAUGAUGAUAGCGGCAGGAGCGUUGCGGACUAUAUUUUCAUUAGGCUGAGCCAGAAAUUCAAUCUCCUGAUCAUCUCGUGCAUACAGCUGGCGAGCAAACUCACACUUCACAGCAAUGUAAUUGACAACAACACAGCUGUGAAGUUUCUGAAGUCUAUUGGGCUCUCCUACUCCAAAGACACACUUUUGGAAUCUGAACUUCUCGUCUUAAAAACACUGAACUUCAGCAUCAGUGUCCCAAAUCCUCUAAUGUAUGUGGAAACAUUACUGGAAGUGCUGGGGUACAAUGAUGCGUCCGCCCCCGUCUCUCAGCUGUACGCCCUCUGCCACUGCCUGCUCCGGUGCGCCUACCUGCAGAGGAAGCCUAUUUACCACUCCCUGCUGGUAUCUGCGACCAAGUGCGCCAGUCCGUCGCAGGAGCAGAGAGUGAAGUUUGCAGAAGUGACCGAGGACUUCAUGCUACUGAGCGUGGGCGUCAUUGCCGCGGGUGCUUUCAUCCUCAACGUCGCCAGCUGGGAGCAGGUAACAUGCGAGACGGGCCUUGCUCAAAACGCGCGCCACAAACGCAGCUCCUCGUUGACUUUGCUAAACUGCAGGUCACGUUGUUCAUCGUGCGGUCGGCGGUUCAGCUUCAGGGUUAGGAUUCCAGCUUUGCGUCGUAAUAUCCUGUGGGGGUGAACAAGAAUGACCAUGAAAUGGUUCUUUGGGGCGUUUCCGUAACACCCAGUGAGGUGAACCCUCUCCUCCUUAGCUGUAAAAGCUCGGGACCAGACACCACCACAAGCAGCCUGAGACUUGUAUAACCAUAUAAACUGCUUUUUACAUUAUGUUACAUGUAGGCUAAAAAGAAUAUCCACAUAAUGACUCAAUUCCUUAUGCAAGGCUCACUGUAUGUGCAAUCGAGGGUCUGUAUGUAUAAUGUCAAAUCUGACUCCUAUGUGUUGUAUUGGCUGUAGUCUAAA